AGGGUGAGGGAGGAGGGAUGAGACUCUCUCCCCUGCAAGGGAGGACACACGGAAGAACAGCAUCAUCAUGAUGCAGGCCUCCUGGAUGCUUCUGCUGCUGGCCUGGGGCGGACACGCCAACACAAAAACAGUUGGCCAGCCACUUCCUCCGGUGGAGCCUGACGUUCAGCUCCUGGCAGAUGUGCGGACUGUGGUCCUUAAAGGUAAAAGCCACACGGACAAAGUGGAUGUGCCGGGCCCCAUGAAUCUGACGCUCCAGUGCACCUGGACGGCAAACGGCAAUAAGACGCUCAACGUGACGGGAUAUUGGCUCAAAGACGGCCGGGAUAUUGACAACAGUCAUGUGACGCUGCGGCUUGAGAACCAGCAGGUUCAUCUCAAAAGAAUGUUCAUUAUUAAAAACGAAGAAAGUCUGGGAAGAUACUCGUGCAUGUUUGGAAAUGAAGCAAAGGCUGAUUUCAUUUUAGCAGUGCCGCACAUCAGUGAUGUGCGGGACAAGCCUGUGGUCAGCUACGUUGGGGACUCGGUGGUGUUGGCGUGCAAGGUGGACGACAGGAAGCCCGAACCCAAAACCUGGUUGUGGUUUCGAGCCAACGGCACUGACAAGGAGCAGAUCACCACUGUGGCGGAACCUCAAAAGUACCAAAUUAAAAACGCCGGCAAGGCCACCAAGCUUCACGUGCACAACCUGACCCGGGACGACUCGGGUCUGUUUUACUGCGGCGCCGUGUUCGCCAUCGGCACGGCCGUCAGCCACCUGGAGCUAAAGGUGAUCACCAUUUACGAGCCCUUGAAGCCCUUCGUCACCAUCGUACUCGAGGUCCUCGUCCUCGUCGCCGCCAUUCUGCUCUUUGAGAGGGGUCAGUCCAAGAAGAGCCAAGUACAAGGAGCCUCAGAGGAGGAGGCGGCCAACGCCGAGCCCCCCGCCACCAACGCCGAGCCCCCCGCCAUCAACGUCGAGCCCCCUACUAGCACCUCGUCUGCCACGCCGUCGGGAGAAAGUAACGGACUGGAAAAGAGCUCAUCGGCCAGGCAACGCAAGUCCUGAAAAUGUGACUCAGCAAAAGCAAUACUAAUCUAGUUGAUGUGUGGAUUUGAUCACAAUAGCUCUGAAUCCAACAUAUAAUCUCUACCUAGUACUGUAUUAGAAUCAAGCAGCGUUUUUUUUUUUUUUUUUUUUUAAGGAUGAAAGGCAAUAACCGCACUUGAGUGCAAAGCUUAUCAACUGAUUUAAUGUCAACGUGCUGAACACGUGGCACAUCUGUGUUAUUGUAAAUGUUACAGAAGAUUGUGAGCACUUAUUCAAAAUGAAUAAAUGAUCAGUACCUUACCAUACUAUAAAUACUAUUCCAUACACUGUACAUGGCUGGAUGUCUUUGUGCUA